CACUGAUAGGCGGCACUGACUGGCACUGAUUGGCAUUGAUAGGUGGCACUGAUGGGUGACACUGAAAGGCAGCUCAGAUGGGCACUGAUAUGUGGCAUUGAUGUGCACUGGUAGGCACUGAUAUGUGCAUUGAUGUGGCACUGACAGCUGGCACUGAUGGACACUGACAGGUGGCACUGCUGGGGCUACACUGAUCAUCAGGGCACACUGAUCAUCAGUGCCCUGAUGAUCACUGUCAGCGUGACAGCUCAAGAGGAGAGAAAUGCCGAUUACCGACAUUUCCCUGUUUACAUGUGAUCAUCUGUGAUUGG